AUGAAGAUACUUAAAUCAUACACUAACGUAAAUGAUGAACUAAAUGAAUUAGAAUCUAUUACUAUUCAUCAACAAAGUCAAUUUAUAAGCAAUGCUAAAAAUAAAUAUGUCACCUUUUGGAAACAUAAGUUAGACAAUUCCUCCAAACUCUCUUUCUACAGCACAUUUAAAUCUGAAUAUAAGUUAGAGGACUACCUUACAACUAUAAGAAACGCAUCUCAAAGGAAAGCAGUAACUAAAUUUCGAAUAAGUUGUCAUAAGUUACAGAUUGAAUACG